UGAACGCCACAGAGAUCAGGAGACUGCUCUCGAGUUGAGCUGACUGAAAAGAAAUCCCGCUAUCUUUGGUUCUUGGAUAAGACCGGUAGCCAUCUGACAAGAUGGAUAGAUAGCAAACUCGGUUAGCGUUUGAGAAGAUUCGGGAUUCCGGUUGGACAUUUUUAAAGAGUCGAUCUGUGUGUGACGUUACUCAGCCAGUUUGGACUGCUGAGUUUGCCUUCGCGGCUCAAAGGGAGAGUGCCAGAGAGGAAUGUCUGUUGACGGUUGCUCCUGGGCGCUGAAGAGAGAACCUUGUACAGUGAAGAAGAGGACAGCUCUGCGCCAGUGAGGUCGAGAGGGAGAGACGGACUGCAUGCCUGUUGUCUUCCUGGGGUGAGGUGAGGCUGGCCUGCGAGCAGAGAUGGAUGUGUUUGGGGGUGCUCCGCGCUUCUUGGCGUACCCACGCCCUGUGAUGGUGCAGAGCAGCACGGAUGCCAUGCUGAAAUGUCAGAUCGGAGGCGAUCCCAGACCGGCGGUAGUCUGGGAACGCAACAAUGAAAAGAUCGACCCUGAGGGCCGAUACCGUGUAUUUGAGGACGGGAACGUGUACAACCUCAUCAUCUCUGCUGUGACCGUGGAGGACAGCGGCCAGUACAUCUGCAAGGCCAAGAACAGCAUUGGGGAGACGUACGCUGCGGCCACCUUGAAGGUGGAGGGUGAGGCCCAGGAGAUGGAGCUGCGCGAGGAAAACAAGCCUCGCUUCCUCAUCAAGCCCCUCUCCACGCGCGUGGGCCGGGGCGAGGAUGCAGUGUUCUCCUGCAAGCUGUGGGGCAACCCUCGCCCCGAGGUGGUCUGGGAGAAGGACGGAAGGAAACUCAACGAGAUCUUCGAAAGCACGCACUUCAGCGUGGGGUACCAGGACGGCGGUUGGUUUCAGUUAAAGAUUUUCAAGACUCGUGCACCAGACGGAGGAGUGUACACCUGCAAGGCCAGAAAUGAGUAUGGCGAGGGGUUGGCCGGGGCGGUGCUGCUUGUUGACGCCGGCCCCAGUCACGAGGAGGAAGGGAACAGGAACGGUUACACCAACGGUCACUGGAAGGCCCACCAGGCCAAACAGAGGAGCGGCAGGCAGGUAGCCACUCGCCUCAGGGAGGACACCGUAACCACCGCGGCCAAAGUUAAAAUGUUUGCCGUGACAGAAGGAAAGCAUGCCAAAUUCCGCUGUUUUGUGACGGGGAAGCCCAAACCGGAGAUUAUCUGGAGGAAAGACGGCAGGCUGAUCUUGUCUGGAAGACGCUAUCUGUUGUAUGAGGACAGGGAGGGAUACUUCACACUAAAAGUUCUCUACUGUAAGCAAAAGGACAAUGGAGUUUAUGUUUGUGCUGCUUCAAACACUGCAGGAAAGACUCUCAGUGCUGUACACUUAUCUGUGAAAGAGCCGCCUGUGCGGUUCAAACAGCCCCUCAUCGAUCUGGAGGUGUGGGAGCGCGACCUGGCGGUCCUGGAGUGUGAGGUUCCCGAGGACUCGGUCCCCAUCACCUGGUACCUGGAGGACAGGCGUCUGCAGCCGGGGGCCAAGUAUGGCAUGGAGGAGUGGGGAACGAAACGGCGACUCACCAUCAGAGACAUCGGAGUGGAUGAUGAUGGGAUUUAUCUCUGUGAGAUGCCUGAUGGAGGGAGGAGCAUUGCAGAGGUCGCCGUUAAAGGCACAAUCAUGCGCAAACUUCCACGAAAAGUGGAUGUUCUGGAGGGGGAGAAUGCUGCGUUCUGCGUCGAGGUGGAGGAAGAGGAGAUGGACAUCCACUGGUACAAGGAAGGCACAGAGCUGCGAGAGACACACCAGACCAUCCUGAAGUCGUUUGGUAGAACUCACAUCCUGGUGUUCGUCAACACCACCCCCCAGGACUCUGGCCUCGUCACCUUCUUUGUGGGCAGAUCCAAGACGUCCUCUCAGCUCAGAGUAAAAGCUGCUAGGCACUGCCCCCCAAGCUGUCCCGUGGGGGUGCAGAUGAACACGGAGAGGGCCAACGCUGCUCUGCUCUCCUGGGUUCCUGCUCAGGACUCCAAGAAGAACCCUCCCUCAGGCUACGUGUUGGAGAGGCAGGAGGUGGGCACCGGAUCCCAGGAGUGGCUGCAGUGCCUGACCACAGACUCGGCCACGUCGGUGGAGAUCCUCGGCGACAGCGUUCCCUGCGAGGCCGACUAUCGCUUCCGCAUCUGCGGCGUCAACAAGUACGGCCGAAGCCCCAACGUGGAGUUCCCAAGAACGGUCCACUUGGUGCCUGUUGCCAGGAUACAAGCCCCUCUACAAGAUGCGUUGGUGCCAGAAGGGCAAGAUGCCUGCUUCUCCAUCGAGCUGUCUGCCUCGGUUAUUGGGACUUGGUUCCUGAACGGCACUCAGGUUCAGGAGGACGAGCGCUUCUCCACAAGACGCUCGCGGACACACCAGUCUCUCCGCAUCCGAGUGGUACGAGACACGGAGAAUGGGGCUGAGAUCACGUUCAUAGCCUACGGGAUUCGAGAUUCAGCUGCCCUGUACAUUCAAGCUCCUUUAGUGAAGUUCACACCACUGUCAGAGAUGGAUCGUAAUAAAUUUGUCGAAGUGGGCAACCCAAUUGUGCUUUACUGCGAGCUCUCAGACCCAGCUGUCCCAGUACACUGGUACAAGAAUGGGGUGGAGUUACACACAGAGGAGGGGCUUCACAUCCAAUCAGAGGGCACCAUGAGGAGAAUCGUCAUCCAAUCAGCAGAGUUCUCUCACUCGGGAGUGUAUUGCUGUGAUGCCAUCGACGAUGUCAUCAGGUUCAAUGUGGAAGUUGAGGCUCCACCUGUGAGGUUCUCAGCUGCUCCAGAAGCUGAGAGGACCAAGUCCAUCCCAGCAGGAGGUCCUCUUGUACUGCAGUGUGAGCUCUCAGACCCCACUGCCCAGGUCCACUGGUACAAGGAUGGGACCAAGCUCCUCCCUCAGAGUGGAGUAGACCUCCGGUCAGACGGUCUUACAAGGACACUGGUUGUCCAGUCUGCAGAAUUAUUCCAUGCUGGGUCAUACAGCUGCAAGACAAAGGGUGAUGCCAUCCAGUUCAAUGUGGAUGUUAAAGCUCCACCUGUGGGAUUCUCAGCACUUCCAGAAGCUGAGAGGGUCAAGUCUGUAGAGGCAGGCUGUCCUGUCGUGCUGCAGUGCACGCUCUCUGACCCUACAACUCAGGUCGGCUGGUACAAGGAUGGAACACAGCUCUUUUCAAACUCUGGAAUAGAAAUCCAAUCAGAAGACAAUGUGAGGACCUUUGUUCUCCAAUCAGCAGAGCCGUCACACUCUGGAAUGUACAGUUGUAUCUCAGAAGAUGAUUCUGUGGAGUUCCAUGUGGAGAUCCAAGCUGUACCAGUGAAGUUCUCAGCUAUGUUUGAAGCUGAGAGGACUAAGUCUGUAGAUGCGGGCGACUGCUUUGAGCUACAAUGCCAGGUUACAAACCCCACUGCCCCGGUCGACUGGUACAAGAAUGGGGAAAACAUCCAUCCACAAACUGGACUGGACAUUCAGUCUGACGGCGCUGUGAAGAGACUCAUUGUCAAAUCGGCAGAGCUCUUUCACUCAGGCCUGUAUAGCUGUGAGACUUCUGAUGAUACCGUCCAGUUCACGGUAGAAAUCAAAGCUCCAGCAGUGACACUGUCACCAGAACCUGAGGUUGUGAAGAGCCAGUCGCUUGAAGCAACCUGCCCCAUUGAACUACCCUGUGAGAUCUCAGACCCUGUACCCCAGGGGUCACUCCAAAAGGACGAAGCACAGAACCACUCUGAAACUGAACCUGGAUUCGAUUUGGGAGGCAUCAAGAGGGCCCUGGUUAUCGAACCCGCACACCCUUCCAACUCUGGGGCAUAUUAUUGUGCGACUGCGGAUGAUGUCGCCAAGUUAAUUGUACAAAACCAAGCACCUCCAGCUCCACCCGUAAGAAUCACAACACCUUGUGAAGCUGAGAGGAACCAGACCAUUGAAGCUGGCAGUCCGAUAGUGCUACGCUGUGAGAUAUCCGACCCUCACGCUCAAGUCGCCUGGUACAGGGAAGGCCUAGAGCUGCAUGAGCAACCCGGGCAGGAUAUACGAUCAGAAGGUGCCAUCAGGACAUUGGUUGUCCAUCUGGCCAUGAUGUCACAUGCAGGGGUGUACAUCUGCAAGACAACAGAUGACACCAUGCAUUUUCAUGUGGAUGUAAAAGCUCCACCUUUGAAGUUUACAGCAAUGUCUGAAGCUGACAAGGAAAAGAGCGUCCAAGCUGGCAGUCAUCUGUGUCUUCAGUGUGAGCUCUCAGACCCCACUGCUGAAGUGUCCUGGUUUAAGGACGGGGCCCCGCUCCUGCUUCAGAGCGUUGUUGACAUCUUGUCGGAUGGAACCAUUAGAACCCUGAGCAUUCACUCAGCAGAGCUGUCCCAUUCUGGAAUGUACCGUUGUGAGACACUGGAUGACGCCAUCCAAUUUACAGUGGGAGUAAAAGCUCCACCUGUGAGGUUCUCAGCUGCUCCAGAACCUGAGAGGACCAAGUCCGUCCCAGCAGGAGGUCCUCUUGUACUGCAGUGUGAGCUCUCAGACCCCACUGCCCAGGUCCACUGGUACAAGGAUGGGACCAAGCUCCUCCCUCAGAGGGGAGUAGACCUCCGGUCAGACGGUCUUACAAGGACACUGGUUGUCCAGUCUGCUGAAAUCUCUCACAGUGGAAUAUAUGAGUGUUUGACCGCCGAUGAUACCGUCACUUUCAAAGUGGACAUCAAAGGCCCAUUUCCACAGAUCUUGCCUGAUCCGUCAGUGGAGACAUACAGGUCCACUGGAGUUGACUCUUCCAUUGUCUUGCAAUCUUCUCCAGUGAGAUUUUCAGCACUUCCAGAAAUUGCACGGAACAAGUUUGUUGAAGCGGGCUGCCCAAUUAUACUUCAAUGUGAGGUAUCAGACCCUGCUGAACAGGUGUGCUGGCAGAAAGACGGGGUAGAACUCCUUCCAGAGAGGGAACUUGAAAUCCAAUCGGAAGGCCCGUUGAGGGCAGUGAGGAUUGAAUCGGCGGAGUUCAGACACGCAGGACUGUACUGCUGUGAGGCUGUAGACGACCGCAUAGAAUUCAAGGUGGAUGUUGCAGCUCCACCUGUGAGGUUCUCAGCUGCUCCAGAAGCUGAGAGGACCAAGUCCAUCCCAGCAGGAGGUCCUCUUGUACUGCAGUGUGAGCUCUCAGACCCCACUGCCCAGGUCCACUGGUACAAGGAUGGGACCAAGCUCCUCCCUCAGAGGGGAGUAGACCUCCAGUCAGAGGGCACAGUGAGGACCCUGAUUAUCCAAUCAGCCACAUGUUCUCAAUCUGGGGCGUAUAGUUGUAAAACAGCUGAUGAAAUCAGGGAUUUCUAUGUGGAUGUGAAAGCACCUCCAGUGACAUUUGUUGAUUUGCCAGACGAAGACCUCUUCAAAAGUGUUGUGGAACAAGACCGUCUUACUUUGUCCUGUGAAGUAUCCAAAGUUGAUGCCAUAGUCCAGUGGUACAAAGAUGGGGUUGAAAUGCAGCCUGGUGACGAUGUUGCAGUAGAAGCAGAUGGAGCCAGAAGGAGUCUGAUCCUCAAGUGUGCCCAGCUUGCAGACACAGGAACAUACACCUGCCGUGUGGGUGACACCGCUUUAAUGUUCAAGGUUAACAUACGAGAGCCUCCAGUGAUGAUUGUUCAUCCUAAAGAAGACGUCCAUCUUGAUCGGCACGUCCCAGAGGAAAUCAUCCUGAGCUGUGAGCUUUCACGGCCAAAUGGUGUUGUGAACUGGUUUAAGGAUGGACAGAAGUUGCAAGAAAGCGAGAACAUCAAGCUGAAAGUUGAGGGCCCUUACCGAAGACUAAAGAUCCUCUGUAGUGGUGUUGAAGACUCUGGCGAAUAUGUCUGCGAUACAGCCGAUGACUCAAUAUUCUUCCACCUCAGUUUAACAGAGCCCCCUGUUAGGAUUGUGUCCCCAAGCCAGUCCCAGAUGGAGCUCUGCCAGCAGGCAUCUGAGAGAAUGGUCCUAAGCUGUGAGAUCUCCAGGCCCAAUGCGGUGGUGCGCUGGUACCGGGAUGGGCUGGAGGUGGAGGAGAACAACAACCUUAUCUUGGAGGUGGACGGCGUCUACAGAAGACUCAUCAUACCAGAGACGACUGUCAAGGACUCAGCUGAAUAUGUCUGUGACACAGCGGAUGACUCAGUGACAUUCUUUGUGAACAUUGCAGAGCCCCCGGUCAGGUUUGUACGACCCAGAAAGAUGGCCAGUGUGGUGGAGAAGUGUUUUGGAGAGAGUUUGGUGCUGGACUGUGAGGUGUCCAGACCGAACGCUGAGGUCAGCUGGAAGAAAAAUGGAGAAGAAAUGGAAGAAUCAAGCAAUCUGACCAUUGUUGAGGAUGGCAUAAUACGCCAAUUAACUAUUCAUUCACUAACAUUGGAGGAUGCCGGACAGUAUGUCUGUGAUGCCAAGGACGAUGUCAUGGACUUCCAAGUCAAGAUCAAAGAACCCCCAGUGAAAAUCGUGGGGAAAAGUGAUGCAACCACACAAAAGCAGUUCUUGGUAUCAGAUGACAUCAUUUUAGUAUGUGAGCUCUCAAGUGCCAAUGGUGUUGUCAGCUGGUACAAAGACAACCAUUUAAUUGAUGGCAAUGAGCACUACUCUUGCGAGGAGCAAGGGGCUUUUCGUUCAUUGGUCGUUCUGAACGCGGAGCUCAGAGACUCUGGAGAAUACUGCUGUGAUGCCAUGGACGACAAGAUGGUGUUCUGUAUUACUGUGCAAGAACCACCUGUCUCCAUCAUAGGGAACUCUGGUCAUCCAGAGAAACACAUUCUGGUUGCAGGAGACGACCUCAUUCUGGAGUGUGAAGUAUCUCGCCCGAAUGCCACCGUCCAGUGGUUAUGGAAUGGAAAGUUACUGAGUUAUGACUCUCGUACAAACAUUGACAGUCACGAGACAACAAGGAAACUCGUUCUGUCAAGACUUCAGCCUUCGGACUCUGGAGAAUACACAUGUGAUGCAGGGGAGGACAAAAUGAGAACCCUGCUGGAAGUCCAAGAGCCUCCGGUGAAGUUCAUGAAUAAACAAGCGAUGAUGCUCUCUGCCUACGAGAAUGAGAGCGUGACUCUUUGUGCCAUGGUGAACCGAGAUAAGGCAAAUGUUCGAUGGCUGAAAGAUGGUCGAUUGUUGAAUGAAGAUAAUAUCCACAUCUCCAGUGAAGGCCACACUCACACCCUCAUCGUCAACCCCUUGAAGUUGUCUGAUAGUGGAGAGUAUAUCUGUGAUGUCACCACAGAUGAGAUGUAUUUCACUGUUCAAGUGAAAGAGAUGAAAUUGACAUUUACCAAACCACUGGAGAACAUUUCAUCCCUAAAAGACAGCAGUCUCACGUUACGAUGUGAGGUGAACAAGCCAAAGGGAGAUGUACAGUGGCUCAAGAACAGCCAAGACAUCACCCCUAACCGCCGUCACACCAUCAGAGCGCAGGGGCGAGAACGGAGCUUCACCAUUCACAAGCUAACAGCGGAGGAUGCUGGAGAGUAUUCCUGUGAAUCCACGGAUGACAGGACUGUUGCCACGGUCACUGUGGAAAUUCCACGCAUAGUGGAGUUUAUUGCGGAAUUGCACAACAUAACAGUCCAGGAAGGGGAAGACGCCACCUUUAAGUGUGUUGUUUCGCCAGAGGACACAGAGCUGGUCUGGCGCCUCGAUGGCAAGCUGUUGACUCCCAGUGAGCGGUUUGUGGUUUCCAGUAACGGACUGUGUCACAUGCUGUGCAUCCACACAUGCCGUGUCUCAGACAGCUCCACGGUGACAGCCAGCGCAGAGGGCUUGUUGUCUGACGCAAACCUCAGAGUUCAAGAGGAACAGACGCUGUUCACCAAAAACAUGGCUCCCGUUGUGGCUGAGGAGUUCAGCGAGGCGACGCUGGAGGUGGAGGUGAGCGUGGGUUCCGGGGAGGUGCAGUGGAUGAGACAGGGAGUGGUCAUCCACCCAGGGCCCAAGUUCACCCUGAAGCAGAAGGGACGGAAACGCAGCCUCACCAUCCACAGGCUGGCCCUCUCCGACCGCGGCACCUACAGCUGUGAGACCCUCCACGACCGCACGCAGGCCCUGCUCUCUGUGGAACCUAGAAAGAUUUCUAUUCGGAAGGGAUUAACUGACAUCCAGACCACAGAGCGUGAGACUGCGUCCUUUGAGGUGGAGCUGUCCCACACCAGCGUAGUGGGCACCUGGCAUAGGAACGGGGUCCAGCUCAAGCCCAAUAACCACUGGCGUAUGAGUGCUAAAGGCCAUGUUCACAGCCUCACUAUCUCCAACCUGUCCCUGGACGAUACAGGCUCUUUUAUGUUCUGUGUGGAGAAUUUGAAAACAUCUUCAAGGCUUGUUGUUAAAGAACCACCGGUGACAAUUCUGAAAACCCUGGAGGAUAUUAGACGCCCGGAGGGAGCAGUGGUGUCUAUCGAAUGCGAAUUGUCACGACACAACGUAGAAGUAAAAUGGAUGAAAAAUGGGUCUGAGAUGAAUUCAUGCCAGGACUACAGGAUCUAUGGCAUGGGCAGAAAGCGCUUCCUCCAGAUCCUGAAGAGUACCGUAGAAGACUCUGGCGUGUACGUGUGCGAUUCUGGAGAAGCCAGCACUUCCUGCACCGUGGAGAUCUACGAGCGCGAGCUGCAGGUGCUGCAGGGCUUGGAGGACCUGGACAUGCAGGAGGACCAGAAUGCCGUGUUUGUGUGUGAGAUCUCCCUGGAAGACGUGCCGGGGGAGUGGUUCAAGGACGGGGAGAAGAUAACUCCCACCAGCACCAUCAAAAUACGCCAGGAAGGGACCAAGCAUUUCCUCCUGAUGUGUAAUGUGAGAGGAGAGGAUUCUGGAGAGAUCAAGUUUGUCGCCAAACACAUAGAAUCAAUAGCCUACCUGGAAGUAGAAGAGCUGCCGGUAAGCAUCGUGAACGCGCUCCAGGACCGGACGGCGCUUGAGAAGCAGCGCGUGGUUCUAGACUGCACAGUGUCCAACCCGCGCUGCAGCAUCCGCUGGUACAAAGGACGCAACGUCAUUCUGCCCUCCGAGCGCUUCGAGAUCUGCAGUGAGGGCUGCUGCCGCAAGCUGGUCAUCCAGCAGGUGGCGCUGGAGGACGAGGGCACAUACAGCGUGCAGGUCGGGGACUACACCUGUUCAGCCAGACUGACCGUGGAAGCCCAGUCUCUCCUGAUGGUGAAGGAGCUGGAAGACACACAGGUGGUGGCUCCAGAAGAGGCCUGCUUUGAGUGUGAGGUCUCCAUGCCUGUCCUCAAGGCCCCCCUGUGGACAUUGAAGGGGGAGGCCCUGCAGCAAGGCCCCAGGGUGUGUCUGGAGAGGAUGGGGACCGUCCACAGACUCACCCUGUGCCAAACCUCUGUGGAAAUGAGUGGCCUGGUCGAGUUCACAUCAGGGAAAGCGAAGAGCAAAGCCCAGCUUCAUGUCACAAGUGACCCAUGAGUGACGGAAUCAUCUUGAUAUGUUUUGAACAUCCGAAAGAGAUGGAUCGCUAACUGUUUAUUGUGUUAAUAUUUGAAAUGGGAAUUCAAACUCCGAAGGUAAAAAAUUAAAUUUGAUAUUCUCUUAAUGACUUCGAAUUAAGGGUGAAAGAGUGUUUAGAUCUUUAACAGUAACUUUAAAUGUUUUGUAUCUUUGUUGUCCAGCGCAGAUCAUCAUACUCACAUAGCUUAUUUAGUGGUCCUAGUUAUAUCUGCUAAUCAACCGUUUAGCGGUCUGGAGAAAAUCACAAUUUGAUGGAAUAUAAAAGCAAAUAUUUGUCCAAUACAUAAGGUAUUGGACAAAAAGUAUAAUUGGAGGGUUUAUUUUAUUAUUAGGGGGGCUGAAACAUCCUAAUGUCUCAUUUAGAAUUGAUAAGCUCUUAUGAAUGUGCACACAGGUGAGGCCCACUUAAGGUUGCAUACAUAGUUUCUGUUAGUUCUGACAGUAGUAGAUUUUACUGCAAAGUUAGUUUAUUUAUUAGGCAACAAUCAUAUUUAUUAAUUGUUCAGUUGUCAGUUUAAUAUAUCAAUGUCAUAGUUUCAUGUGUAAUUUCCAUCUGUUGUCCAUUGUAUAGACAUUGUUUUUUACACUUUGAGAUUUUUGAAGGCAGACAUUCAAGGUACUGUGAAGAAUGGGUUCUGUCUAGCAAAAUGAGGCUUGUAAUAUAAAUAUACUGGGCCAAAAUUGGGUACAUUUACAGUAGGAAAGCAGAAGACUGAAUUGUUCUUUAUAUUUAUGGUCUUGCUCAAUUAAAGCAUAGUAGUUUAGGAGUUAAAGUAAUACUAGAUUUAAUGAGGAAUACAUAAUGUAUUCAUGUGAAUUGAAGUCAGUUCCAUAUUCCAUUGUUUUUCAUUUUGUGUGAUUCCAACACCCCACCUUAUACUGAAUAUCAGUGUAUGCAUCAUUCAUUGUAGUGAAUUAUGAGCUUGUUCAAUAAAACAUGCUUUAUUGUUGCAAAGUUCAAAUACAGUUUCUAGGUUUUUUUCCAUUAUAGAAUUGAUGAGCAGCAAUUAUUCACUCAAAUUUGUUUUGCUUCUUAACUCGGGUGACAAUGUUAAUACUCAUAAUUGAAUACAGUAAAAAAAAAAAAAAAAAAACAUUAUUGUAAAAAGGGUUUACAACAUGUUCAUUCUUAAAAUUAAAAGAUGAAUAUGAUCAAAUUAA